AUGGUUCGGCCUCCAGACUCUCUCGGGCUCUUAAUGAAAAAGAGAGUGGACUUGUUGCGAGCCAUCGAUGCAGAAAACAGAUUAACUCAGCUCAGCCACAGAGGCACAAGAGAGCGUCUUCAAUUCAGCCCCGGCCACGGAGAAGCCAGCUGGGAUGCAUUCGCUGGCAUCUAUUUUGACAAGGCACGGCGAGCUGAAGACAGGGGUGGGGGAGGAUGGAACGGGAUGGGAGGAGGGAUUUUUGAACAAACCGAGGGGCCUGUGUCGCUCGUCAGUGCUGAAGAGUUGGCCUUCAAAUUUGCCGUCAAUAACAUCAACAGAAACAGGACGUUACUGCCGAACACGACCUUAACAUACGACAUCCAGCGGAUUAAUAUCUAUGAUAGCUUUGAGGCCUCAAGAAAAGCUUGUGACCAGCUGUCUUUAGGUGUUGUUGCCAUAUUCGGGCCAUCUCACAGCUCAUCAUCAAAUGCGGUACAGUCGAUCUGCAAUGCAUUGGAGGUCCCACACAUCCAGGUGCGGUGGAAACAUCACCCCAUGGACAACAGGGAUACAUUUUACGCCAACCUGUACCCAGAUUACUCCUCCCUCAGCUAUGCCAUCCUGGACUUGGUUCAGUUCCUCAAAUGGAAAACAGCUACUGUGGUGUACGACGAUAGCACUGGUCUGAUUCGACUGCAGGAGCUGAUUAUGGCUCCUUCCAGGUACAACAUCAGGCUGAAGAUCCGCCAGCUCCCUCUGGAUAGUACCGACACCCGACCCCUGCUGAAGGAGAUGAAGAGGAGCCGAGAGUUUCGGAUCAUCUUCGACUGUAGUCACACCAUGGCUGCACAGAUUCUGAAACAGGCUCAGAUGAUGGGAAUGAUGACGGAGUACUACCACUACAUCUUCACCACUCUGGAUCUUAUGGCUAUCAAUCUGGAGCCUUACCGAUUCUGUGGUGUUAAUAUGACCGGCUUCCGCAUCCUGAAUGUGGAUAAUCCCCAGGUGGCUUCUGUUGUGGAGAAAUGGUCUACAGAAAAACAUAUCACACCAAAACCUGAUUCUGGUCUUCUGGAAGGAAUCAUGACGACAGAUGCUGCUCUGACGUAUGACGCAGUCCACAUUGUGUCCGUCUCCUACCAGCACGCGCCGCAGAUGACAGUCAACUCGCUACAGUGCCACCGCCACAAGCCCUGGAGGUUCGGCGGCCGCUUCAUGAGCUUUAUUAAGGAGUCUCACUGGGAUGGCCUAACUGGACGUUUGUGUUUUAACAAAACCACAGGCCUGAGAACUGAUUUCGACCUGGACAUUGUUAGCUUAAAGGAAGAUGGUCUGGAAAAGGUGGGAAAGUGGAGUGCAUCGGGAGGCCUGAACAUCACAGAACUCCCCAAGCGAAAUGGCAUGAACAUCACCGACUCGCUCGCCAACCGCUCUCUGGUCAUCACUACUAUACUGGAGGAGCCGUAUGUCAUGCUUAAAAAGUCUGACAGGGCACUUGUCGGAAAUGAACGUUUCGAAGGCUUUUGCAUUGACCUGCUGAAGGAACUGGCUGGCAUUCUGGGCUUCUCCUUCGAGAUCCGUUUGGUUCCAGACGGGAAAUAUGGCUUCCAGGAUGACAAGGGCCAGUGGAAUGGAAUUAUUCGGGAGCUCAUUGAGCAUAGAGCAGAUUUGGCUGUAGCCCCCCUCACCAUCACCUUUAUGAGAGAGAAAGUCAUCGAUUUCUCCAAGCCCUUUCUAAACACUGGGAUCAGCAUUGUGUAUCGCCGUCCUAACAACACCAACAGUGGCUUCUUCUCCUUCCUAAAGCCCAUGACCCCUGACAUAUGGGUCUACAUUCUACUGGCCUACCUGGGUGUUAGCUGUGUUUUAUUUGUCAUUGCCAGAUUUAGCCCUUAUGAGUGGUACGAUGCCCAUCCCUGUAACCCAAGCUCUGAUGUGGUGGAGAACAACUUCACGCUCCUCAACAGCUUCUGGUUCGGCGUGGGCUCCCUCAUGCAGCAAGGUUCUGAGCUGAUGCCCAAAGCUCUUUCUACACGGAUCAUUGGGGGAAUCUGGUGGUUCUUUACCCUCAUCAUUAUCUCCUCCUACACGGCCAAUCUGGCUGCAUUCCUCACUGUGGAGAGAAUGGAUUCUCCCAUAGACUCGGCUGAUGACCUGGCAAAACAGACCAAAAUUGAGUACGGUGUGGUGAAAGAUGGUGCGACGAUGUCAUUUUUCAAGAAAUCUAGAGUUUCAACAUUUGAGAAGAUGUGGGCCUUCAUGAGCAGCAAACAAAGCACGUCACUGGUCAAGUCAAUUGAAGAUGGAAUUCAAAGGGUUUUAAAAUCAGACUACGCCCUGCUCAUGGAAUCUACUACUAUUGAAUAUGUGACUCGCAGAAACUGUAACCUGACCCAGAUUGGAGGCAUUAUUGACAGCAAGGGUUACGGCAUUGGUACCCCCAAAGGCUCACCAUACAGGGACAAAAUCACUAUAGCCAUUCUGAGCCUGCUGGAGGAUGGACGCCUGCACAUUAUAAAGGAGAAAUGGUGGAGUGGGAGCAAUUGUCAGGAAGAUGAACGCUAUGAAACCGGACCAAUGGGCAUCCAGGACCUGGGUGGAAUCUUUAUUGUGUUGGCUUCAGGUCUAGUGCUGUCUAUCUUUGUGGCUAUCGGGGAGUUUAUCUACAAACUUCGGAAGACUGCAGAGCGUGAACCGGUCUUUCUGCAGUGCGGUGAUGGAAGAGAUCAGACAGUCGUUCACGUGCGAGAAAAGAGUGAAGCACAAGCGACGUCAUGCUCCAGCCACAGCGAAGACGGACGCCGUGAUCAACAUGCAUUCCUUCAACGAGCGCCGGCUGCCGGGAAAGGACAGCGUGAGCGUGAGCGUGAGCUGCAGCAGCAGCACUGCAAUGACGCCCGUGUUUCCAUGACGUGCCUGGGGGACGGUCACCUGAGGCACCUGCCCAGCACUGUGCCCGAGAGCGUGGACUUCGGCUCAGAGAUGAUCACAGCAUUCACCCUCAACCGCAGAGACACCCGCAAUCACACGACCAAGCAGAACGGCGGCACGAGCAGCAACACAGGUAACGACCACGCCCUCAAACCCAUGUAUCCCACAAUGCCCCUGAGAGAGGGAGGUCGCUCUGUGUCCUUCCUCUGAGACAAAGAACAAUGAGCCCGGAGAUCGCCAAGACUUAGUCUAAUAUUUAUGUAUGAAAAACGAACAUGUUUGCCAUCUGUCUACUGGAAAUCAAGGAUUGCCCCCCCCCCAACACCCCCACCCAUUCCUUACUAAUGCUAACAAGAGACAGACAUCUUAUUGGAACAAAUGAAAUAAGAGAGAAGAGGCUUCACCGAAGCACGGCAAUAAAUAAACCCCAGACUGACGCAAG